AUGGGAGCUCUUGCUGCUGCUGCAGGCAGUCACCCGUUGCUGCUGCAGCAGCAGUUGCUGCCGCUGCGCUCCCUUCUGGUGCUGCUGCCGCUGCUACAGCUGCAGCUGCAGCUGCAGCAGCAAGGCGUCCCCUGUGCUGCUGCUGUCCAGCUUAGGGGGCCUCCGAGGGCCCCCACGGGCCCCCUAGGGUUUGUAGAUUUAUUUCUGUACCCACUUUUGCUGCAAGGGGGCCCCCAGGGGGCCCCGCGGGAGCCCCCAGGGGCGCUGCUGUCUCGUGUCCCUAGCAACGCUGCAGCAGCAACAGCAGCAGCAGCAGCAGCAGCACGGCCUGCUGCUGCUGCUGCUGACGAUGAUAGUGAUAGCAGCGACCCUUGGGGGGUCCCCGAUGAAUCAGCAGCAGAGCAGCAGCAGCUGCUGCAGCAGCUGCAGCAGCUAGAAGAGGAAGAGAAGCAGGGUUUUAAACCCUUAAAUAGGGCCCAGUAA